CUUCGGCUUUCAAUCGAUCGUUCGUAACUGUUGUUGAGCGUCGUUUUCCAGCAGAAGCCGUUUUACCCUUGACCCACGCUAGAACAAGGAAGAAGGGUAAUUUAUUAUUUCUUUUGCCGAAUUAUCUGAAUAAGGUGAGAAGUCAUGGCAUCUCAAUCAGUUGUAAGGGGACCUGCUGGUAACAAUGAAUGCAGGAUAUAUGUAGGUAACCUUCCCCCCGAUAUCAGAGAGAAGGAUAUCGAGGACAUGUUCUACAAGUUUGGCUCCGUCGCAGAUAUCGACCUGAAGAACAAGAGACCACCUUCAUUUUCAAGCUCAGGAUCAGAAAGAGAACGAUUCGGAACACCCUUUGCUUUUGUGGAGUUUUACGACAGAAGGGAUGCCGAUGAUGCAGUGCUGGCACGAGAUGGAUACAAUUACGAUGGCUACCGGAUACGUGUAGAGUUUCCAAGAGGAACCAAAGGCUUCAAGGGCAGCCGCCCCAGGGGGCCACCACCAAGAAGAUCGUCAUAUCGCGUUAUUGUAUCUGGUCUACCUUCAACGGGCAGCUGGCAGGAUCUCAAGGACCACAUGCGUGAGGCAGGUGACGUUUGCUAUGCCGAUGUCUACAGAGAUGGAACAGGUGUGGUGGAGUUUCUCAGACCGGAGGACAUGAAAUAUGCCGUCAAACAGUUGGACGAUACCAAGUUUAGAUCGCACGAGGGAGAUGUCUCCUACAUCCGUGUCAAGGUUGACCCUACCAGUGGUUCUGGUCAAUCACGAAGUCGUUCUCGAAGCCCAUACGGUCGUGGUGGUGGUGAAGGCGGCGGUGGAGGUGGCCGCGGCCGUGAGGGUGGCGGCGGUGGUGGUGGUGGCGGCCGCGGCGGCGGUGGAGGCAGUGGUGGUGGUGGCGGCGGCGGUGGCUAUCGCUCCCGUAGUCGAUCCCGCAGCCCGAACUGGGGCGGUGGCAGCAAGCGUCGCCGAUCGCGGACCAGGUCCUUCUCCCGUUCCAGAUCACAUAGCUCCAGGUCCGGCUCGAGAUCGCGAUCCAGGUCCCGCUCGUAGUCCGAUCGUCAACCUACGUUCCUUCCGCCGAUCUCUGCCCACUGUGUUUCUACAAUACAUCGCUGCUAGGCAGGCUCCAUUGAUUUCCUGAUGCCAUAAAACUGUGUAUGUUACAAAAGACUGUAAAUAAUUUUUGUAGUGCUAGAAAUCUGUAUUUUGUAUUCUUGAUGCUUUUCAAUUGAAUAAUUUAGGUAACAUCUGACUUUGAUUUACUACUUUGGUAAUAUCGGGUAGGGCUUACAUUCUGACCCCUGGCUCUUAGCGAAGGGUUAAUUUAUUAUCCAUGCAAGUCCAUUAACGCCAUAUACCCAUAUUAUCCAUUCUAAGUCAAUGUACAGUGUAUUGCACUGAUUCAUUUUUUUUAUUACAAGUAAUCAUCAUUAUAUUAAACAGGAAAUACACAUAUUAGAGAGACGAUAUUAUAUUCUUUUUUUAAUAACAUGAAAAAAUGGCAGACAAAGUAUUUUUUGUAUUAUCGGUAGAUUUAUUAUUUCUCAUUGAAUCUUGAUUCCAAGUUUAAAUUCAAACGCCUACUUUGAUACAAAAUGAUUUCUUGAUGUAAGUGCUGUAAAUAGUGGAUGCAAAUUGUGAAUUAAUUGAAUUAUGUAAAUAAGUUUCUACCAUUCAAAUUAUAGAUCCAGGAUAGAAGGGAUUCAUUUUACAUGUAAUUUAUAUUUGCAGCACCUCCUUUUCCUCACAUGCAUGGUCUGUCUGUUUUUCUGUAUGUCUGCCUGUCCGUCUCAUUCUCUCUCUCUCUUAGAUGCUCUCUUCUCUACCUAGACAUUUUUCGAUGUUUUGUUUGCGUACUUCUUUCAGAUUUUUUAUUUGUCUUGCAAUUUCCAUCUUUGUUUCACCUCUACCUCUCUUUCUCCCCAGUUUCUGGUCCCUUCUUUAAACCCUCUUUCCUUCACACAUUUGUUUUUUAAAUCAUGAAUUUUGACAAUCUAAGAAAUGGCUUUUUAAGAUAGUUGCAGUGCUCAAGGUAAGAAAGGCAUGGUAUAAACUUUGCAAGUUCCAAUGAGUUUUAAAGUAGUUUAUUGUAAAUGUUUACUUUCAAAUUUGCAUGUGUAUACAGCUAUCGAUGGAAUACAAUGUAUCAAGAGCUUAGACGGGAUUUAGUCAUUACAGAAGUUUUCUCCCCCAUUUUAGUAGAAUAUAAUUUUGUAAAUACAUGUAUGCCUUUUACAGGAAAUAAUUCACUUUGUGUUAAAACCUUUUAAAAUAUGAAAGCAUAUAAAUCAAGAUAUUGUCCAUUAGCAGUUUGAAAUCAAAUAACUGUAUUGCUACUGAUUGGUUUAUGUGUGUUAACAUUGAUUCUUGUGACUUUUUGUGUUAACCUCCCAGAUUGACCCCUUCUGGAGGCAUUCAGGAAGGAGGAUCAUAAAAUCAGGCAUUAAUGAGGAGGAGUUGGAUUUGUGAAGAUCCAGGAAUCAGGGAUCCAAUAUAAAAAGACGGAUCCAUGGAAUGCAUUCAUAAUCCGGGAAUGAUUUUCAGGAUCGCAUUCCGGAAGUUGGAUGUGUCAGGAUUCAGGAUUCAGAGAUCAAAAAUAGAAUAGUCACAGAUCCACGGAAUGCAUUGAAAAUCCGGAAUAGUUUUCAGGAGCAAAAAUUCGGAUCCGGUGAUAAUUGGCUUUAGGGAUGAAAAUCAGAUCAGGAUCCGGCGAAUUCAGGAUCAUAGCAAGGAAUCAUUCAAGGAUCCAAUUUUUAAAGUAUUCAGGGAUCAAAGGAAGGAUCAGAUUGGAUCGCACCUCAAAUGGUCCUGUGAUCCGCAGGUAUUGAGGGAUCAGGUUUGGAUCAGAAUGAGAGCACAAGUAGAAGUCCGAUGAGCAUGGAUCAGUGGUCCGAAGAAUCAUGGAUCACUUAAUGAGAAAAGAAAGGAUAGAUCAGUAGGGGGAAAGGAAUCAAACAUUCGGUGGAUCAGAUCAAAAACGUCAUACCAUGAUUCACACCCUGGAGCGCUUGAUCUGGGAAGAGAGUCAAUUACCUCUUCAGGGAUCAAAUUUUGGAGUUUGGAUCAUUUCAUAAGGAAGGGAUCAUUGGACGGUAUGAUUUCAUUUUUGUUCACAUGAUAUACAUAAAUGUACACCUUCAUGUAUAUAUAUUACGGUAUGCACUUGUCAUUAUUUUUUCUUUGUUUUGUGCCAGUGUUGUGUUGUCCUUUUAUUCAUUUAGGUAGUCACAAUUUUUUAAAGCAGAAUUGAAAUAAAGAACCCUAUUCAGUCCAGA